GCGGCUGUGGCAUUAUCGCGGCCGCCUGCUGACGGAGCGCCGUGCUCAGUGCGCGUAGCGUUAGCUGGACUGAAGUGUCGCUGCUCUCGCAGGACUACGGUCGCUCACGACCCCUGCGUCCUCUGCUCAGCGGGUCUGCACUGCGCGACACGCAGCGACCCCGUCCAAGGACGUCCGCUGGGAUUCAGUUCAACGAUUUGCGUGAAGGAAGAAAUCAGUGGGAUUUACAGAGAAAAAACAAAGUUCCGAGAUAUAGGGAAAGAAAUCAAGGCUUGAAGCUGCCUCCAGGCCAGGUGACACAGACUACACUUCUGGGUGUUCUUUUGGAACAUCCCCGUCUGUGCUCUGACCCGAUCCGCGACUCCUCUUUUCUGGACUCUGUGUGGCGCUGGCCAGGUAGUUCAAGGCGCUUGUGCAGCGCCAUGGUAACCCACAGCAAGUUUGACUCCGCGAUGAGCAGCUGCCCGUUGGACGCCAGCAUGCGGCUGCCGCCUCACCGCUACAAGACCUUCAGCUCCAAGCUGCAGCACCAGCUGAUCCUGACGGCCGUGCGCAAACUGCAGGAGAGCUGCUUCUACUGGGGCACCAUCACCGGCAAGGAGGCCAACGGCCUGCUGAGCGCCGAGCCCGCCGGCACCUUCCUGAUCCGCGACAGCUCUGACAACCGCCACUUCUUCACCCUCAGCGUGAAGACGGCAUCCGGCACCAAGAACCUGCGCAUCCAGUGCGACAGCUGCUCCUUCUUCCUGCAGACCGACCCCAAGAGCGCCCAGGCCGUGCCCCGCUUCGACUGCGUGCUCAAGCUGGUGCAGCACUACAUGGCGCCCAAGGCCGGCUCGCCCGGCUCGCCCGGCGGGAACGCCCCCCGUGCCGCCUACUUCAUCCACUCGGGCGGGGAGAAGGUCCCGCUGGAGCUGGUGAGGCCGCUAUCCUGCAGGAUGUCCUCUCUGCAACACCUCUGCCGCAAGACGGUCAACGGCCACACGGACGUCUCGGGCAAGAGGGACCAGCUGCCUCACACGCUCAAGGAGUUCCUCCAGGAGUAUGACGCCCCCAUCUAGGGGGGACCUGCCCCCGACCCGUUGCCGUGACGAUCGGAGCCAAAAAACACAGCAAGGCGGUCUCAGAGGGGACCCGUUCUGCUCGGGGAGGGAGAACGGUCUGGUCGAAGUGUGGACUCUUUCUGCUUGGGAUGGGGGGGGGACCUGUUCUGAUGUCAUGUGUUCAUGGACAGAAUCGAGUUUUUUUUGGGGGGGUUUUGGAUGACGGUCCUUCCUCCAGGAGGAGACAUGCCAGCCCUGAGGAUGGGGGCUGGCGUUGCCAUGGGAACGGAUCAGCAGUGGCCAGGGGACCUUGAAGAUGCUUAUGCGCGGGUCUCCAGGUAGCAGGACAGAGAUGGUGGAGGUGGCGGUGGCCCGACGUCAGCUCUGGGGAGCGGAGACGAUUGGAAGGGGAACAAGCUCGCAGUGGCACGGGACAGGUGGCUUCCGAGCCCGCCCGGCUCGGAGCAGCCCAUCUCUCUGAAAAGGAUCAAAUCCCACGGCAGUGUGCUGCUAUUAGCUGCAGCUGUGUUAAUCAGAAGAGACUCUUUUUUUCGUCUGGUGUUAAUCAGCCCUCCUCUGACUGUUCCAGUAGUCCAGCCGCUCUGUGAACGGAGUGAACCCCCGAACCCCCACCCCCCUCCCGGGUCAGACUGUCUGCAAUGACUUGAACGUUUCCACUGCUGCUAGCCAAACGCAAAGGCAUUCUGUGUGAGGAGCCCAGAGCUUUGCCAGACUCAGCAAAGCCUCAGUGUUCAUCUGUGACUGCACAUUCGGUCCUCGGCCGGCGUUUGAAACAUGGCCUUGCCUGCCCUUUGAAAGAAUAAAGACUGGAAGUAUUAGAGGCUGGGGGGGCAGGGGAGGGGGGGCAUGUCUUACACGAUACUUUAAUUUCUGCCUCAGCACUGCCAGUAAAUUGCCCUCUGAGCGGGAAACCGGGACACAGUUGAGUGGAAACUCACAGCGGCUGCUAAAGUAAACAUUAGUGUCUUUCGUGGAAAAAAAAUAGAAGAGGCAAAAAAAAAAAACCAGGAUCGACCAGACAGAGAGCUGCAUGACAUCAGGAAAUGAACUGUGAACUCAAACAAAAGGAAAAAAAAACCAAAAUAAAACAAAGUGAGCUGGACAUUGCACGAGAACAGCAGGGUUUAGAUCAGACUUGUCAAAACCUGCCACCCCAAUCAAACUAUGUCUGAUUUAAACCUGUAACCUCCAAUAAGAUAGAGUUCUGUUGCUUUGGAAUUAGUACAGAUUUACUCACUGGCCAAUCACAGGUGUCCAUUCCUGCAGAAGUCCAUCUGCUCCUGUCCCAGUUCUCGAAAAGACUGCAUGAUUCGUGGAACAGAGAGGGUGCUCACUCCUGUUUUUUUUUUUUGUAUUCCAUGUAAACUGCUGAAGAAAACAAACUGUCUUUUCCUGAGAGUGUAGCGGCCCUUUUUUAAGGCGAAGCCUGGCUCUGAACCCUCAGUGCUUCAGAGGAGAGCAGAUCCUGUCAGCUCGCAUCUCGCAUUGAGUGGGAAACCUGCACGAAUGUUGGCAGCGGUUUUUCCAUGAGAGGGAUGCGAGACUCUUCUAAAUGAAUGUAAGGAUAAAAAGGGGAAUCACUCCUCUCUCUCUGGGAGGGUCCAUGAUUCCAACUGUUGUAUUUUGUUUUUUUUUUUUUUAAAGACCAUGUUUGUGUAUACGAAAAACAAACCAGAGAACAUGUCUUUUUGUGUCUUUUAUAAAGAUAUUUUGUAAUAUUUUAAUAUUUGGCCAGGUGACUGGUUGUAAAAGCUUGAAGAUGUGAAGAAAACAACAAAACAAAACAAACAAAUAAAAAAGUCUUUGCACAUAUUUAUAUUUAUA